UGUGGCAUACAUAAGUUACAAGAUUCAAAGUUUUCUUUCGUUUGGCAUGGUGAGGGAGACUGGGUAUUAUGAUACAUUGGGCGUCAAUGUUGACGCCCCUUAUUUUGAGAUAAGAAAGGCUUAUUAUCUCAAGGCAACACAAGUUCACCCGGAUAAAAAUCCUGGAGAUCCCAAGGCUGCCGAAGAAUUUCGGGCACUUGGUGAAGCCUUCCAGGUUCUGAGUGAUCCUACCACGCGUGCACGGUUUGGGAAGCAUGGAAAGCUAUGCAUAUCACAGGACUACUGGAUACACACUGAUACUACAUAUUGUAUUAUGUUCGGGAGUGAACCUUUUGAAGAUUAUAUUGGUCAAUUUGCUAUGAAUACUUUCUAUUCACUUCUUGAAAUGGAAGAAGAGACCCUGGAUCUUGAAGUGCGCAAGGAGAAGGCAAUAGAGAAGAUGGGAGCAUUCCGGAAGGAAAGGGAGGAAAAACUUAUAAAGUUUAUGAAAGAUCGCAUCCAACCAUUUGUUGAUGGUCGUAAGGAUGAGUUUGUAAAAUGGGUAGAUUCAGAAGCACGAACCCUCUCAACCGUUGCCUGUGGCGAGUAUAUGCUACAUUCAAUCGGCCAUGUUUACUGGGCGAAGGCCAGACAAGAACUUGGAAAGAAGCGUGCGUUUGGUGGUUUAGACGGAUGGGUGGAGAAUAAGGGUCCCAGGGCAUACGAGAUGAGGCCACAAAUAGGAUCAGCUAAAGAGGCUGAACGUGUAGUUCUACAACAAGACAUGAUGGAGCCUGAAGACUUCCAAGAUCGCUUCCGGACGCGUAUUAUUCAAGAUUUAGAAGCUCCAACAUUUGGUAUACGAUGGGAUGCUGCUAUGCUUGAUCUUGUGAUAACUUUGUCAAAUGUCUCCCAUGCAACACUUAAUGAACCCACUGUGCCGGAGGAUGUUCUAAAGUUACGCGCUGAAGCGUUGGAGAUGUUCGGCAUGAUCUUCCAAGGUGCAACCGCUCCUUUCCUGAGAGAAGGCAGUCUCCGUAAUGAAGAUGAAGUAGAAUAUCCAGAUUCUGAUAUGGAUAUAUAAUUGAUCACUGUAA